CGGCAGCUUGCCAAGAUGGCUAUCCCCUGCUCCCGGCAGGCAGUGAUGCGUAAUAGGUGAAGAUGACUGGGCAGAUUCACCAGAAUCGACCCCUUGGCACGCUACUCCCCCGCAAAAGCAUCCAAGAAACGGCGGGGCUCCGGUGCACCUCGAUGACCGUUUGAUGGUGACGACCAUGGCAUUGGAAAUAUCGGUGCGGUGGCUGGAGAGGAAUACAACACACACAGCUCAAGUCAAAAUGCCUGCCGCGCCGUCCAAGCUGCGUGAUACCUGCAGGGACUUGGACGGGUGAUGCAAAUGUGUAGUCAGAUCAAGGCCGAAAAGGUCCAACCAGAGGCGCAAGAACCAACGUGGGGGAUGGCGGGGGCGCAGAGCUUUAAACCCUUUCCGGGGUCGGGCCCCUCUUAUCUCUGCAGAUCUCACUGGACCAGGGCAUGGCGAUAAGCUCGCUCAGAGAGAGGUCUUAAGAGACUUGACUCAGAUUUCACAGACCGUGACAGCUCCCCAAACCUCCUCACCUGAUCCUUUGUGUCAAGGUGUAAAAGCUUUGCUGCCGACAACAUCUCGGCCUCGACGACGCUUAUGACCUGUUUCUGAACUAUUUCCUUAUCUUUCAAUCCUUAUCGUUCUUAAUCGAAAACACACCUACCUUACCCUUGAUCGCAAAACCUGCGUCAUGGCGAGCCUCAUCAUGAGCCUCCCAUCGAUACUCCAGGCGCCCACCGCCGGUGAGGCCCUGUCGGGAAUCUUUGGCAGCGUCUCUCUGACGGCCUGGAUAUGCCUCCUCCUCCCACAAUUAAUCGCAAACUACAAGUCCAAAUCUGCCGACGCGCUGUCCAUGAAAUUCCUUCUCAUCUGGCUCCUCGGUGACAUUGCCAACCUCUCCGGCGCGCUCUGGACUUCCCUCGCCCCCUCCUCGAUCGCUCUCGGCAUGUACUUUUGUGUCGCCGACUUGAUCCUCAUCACCCAGUGCACCUACUACAACACCAUCAACGCCCGCCGGCGCGCACGCGAACAGCACCACCACCACCCUGGUCACCGCAGGCACUCCCACCGCCACCCCUCUGCCGACUCUGACACCACCGCAGUGGAAGACACCCCGGCCAACGAGGAAACACCCCUUGUAACCGAACACCGCCGCCCCAGGUCCGACUCCCAGACCCUCCUGCCCGGCUCCCACAGACGCCACUCCACCCACCGCCGCCGCCGCUCGUCUAACCUCGACCCGUUGACUAGAAUCAUAACCGGCGAGGACGACACCCCUGACUCCAACCCAUGGCUUCACAACGCCCUCUCCCUUCUAGCCGUGUGGGUGGUAGGCGGAGCAGGGUGGUUCGUCUCCUACCGGAUGGGUGCAUGGGACUCCCCAGACGUUCCGGUCGACACCGAGCCCAUCUCUGCUGAACCACAGGCGAUUAUCGGGAUGGUGUUGGGCUACAUCUCGGCUGUUUGUUAUCUCUGUGCGCGCAUCCCCCAAAUCAUCAAAAACUACAAGGAGAAAUCGUGCGAAGGCUUGGCCCUGCUGUUCUUUUUGCUCUCCCUAACAGGCAACUUCACCUAUGGAGCCAGCGUGAUGAGUUACAGCCAAGACAGGGACUACCUCCUCAGGGCCCUGCCGUGGCUACUCGGGAGUUUUGGGACGAUCGUCGAGGACGGGGUCAUUUUUGUGCAGUUUCGGAUAUACUCCAAGGGGAACCAAGCUGGGCAGCAGAGUAAAAGCGUUGGGGGCACGGCUUGAGGAGUGAAGUGGAAUGAUUGCAAGAUUGAUGGAACAAGAUAUGGGAAGUUUAUGGGGUUUAUUGGGGUUUUAUUGUAAGAAUGGGUAUAUGGCACACAUGACGUGAUGAUUGGCUGAGAGCACGCAUGCAUUGCGGUUUUGAAAGUUUCUUGGUUGAGGGAAGGCAUCUGUGGCGUUUAUUGGUGUUUUUUUUGGGUCGCAUGGGUUACACUGCGGGGUGUUUUAUUGCCAGCAGCUGGGAUGGUGUUUCAACGGGCGUUUGACUGUUUAUAUCGAUUGGGAUUUAUCAUGGCAUUUUUGUGUUGCUCAUCAAGUUUACAAUUGCACGGCAUAUUUCUCAUAUUUAAGGUCAUAGUUUUGAGCGGUUAUAGGGACACAACACACCACUUCAAAAGUCAGUAACCUUGCUCUGUAUCAAUACAAACCUAUCGCUAUGCUGCUAUUCAACAAACCGCCUUCCUCAAAUCACCUCUGCUCCAUCCUCCCCUCCCCCAAACCCAACCAAAACCCACACCUCUCCCUCUCUUCCUGUUCCAAAACCUCCAUCCUCGUCCCCUCCGUCUCAAACAGCAAUCUCCUACCUGUGGUCUCAUUCCCCCCAAUCCACCCCUCCCACUCCGGCUCGGUUCCCAACUUCUCCCUAUUCGGAUCAAGAUACUUGACAAACCCAAAAUAAUACCCCCUCACCCUUUCGAUCAGUUCCUUGUUAUACGUCCUGUAACUCCCCGUCCGAUCCCAAGAAUUGAGACUUCCCGGUCCCCAAAUCGCCCCCGCAUCCCACAGGUGGGGAACCCCCAGCCCGUCGCGGGUGUUUUCGUCGUCGUGGACGUUGUACCGGUAUGCCCAUAGGGAGGAAGUGUUGUCAACAGAGAGGUAAUUCAGGACGUUUGUCUGGGGGCAGAUGAAUGUGCUUUCUCCAUAGGCGGUUGCCA